AUGUCUCCCGUCUACCACCAACUAUGUUUAAGUGAAUUUGUUCAACCAAACUGGGUCAAUAGUGGAGGAAUAAACUGGAUAAGAAGUGGAGACGACAUCUCAGCCCAGGCUGAUUUUCGAUGGUGGGCAAGUGCAGUGUUCAAAAUGCUAUCAAUGUUUUGCGAAUUUUCUCAGCAAGCCAUCGGAAUUGGACUCGCUGACUUCUAUUCAACCACUUAUCUUACACCUAAACUACAGUCAAUACCAAUAUUUGAAUCUGAAACGAAUGAAAACAUAAAUCUUUUUAUAGCAAUGACAAGAAAUACAUUUCAACGAUCAAUGAACAUCAUACGUAAUCUUACUCAAAGUGAUGCUAUUCAAUCCGGUUUGUUGACAAACUAUUAUUUGUUAAUCGAUUCUUUUACUGAUAACGGAAUAACCAAGAUUUCAAUAGAUAGUUACAAUCAGCAUUACGGCACAUGUUCUUGCCGCAAACUGCCCACUUGCACCUCGCCAGCAACUAUCUAUAAUAUUUCAGGGACACAAAUGGCUAAUGUCAUUUUUCAACCACGCGGCCUAUUAGUGGGUUGUUAUGUUCUUGAAGCCUUACUACAGUCCAAUUUAGCCUGUAUGUAUGACCAGUUAUGUGUAAACACUUUACAAUCAUAUAUAAGUACAAUUAAUACUAGGGCACUAAAUACGUCAGCAUUUAGUCGGUAUCAUCCAAAUUCGACUCUAAACGAGAUCCUUGCUCUCCUGAUGGUAGAAGAUUGGAACUCAAAUGUCUCUUUCCCAUCUUAUUAUAAACAGUGUGCUCCUCAAGAAUGUACAUACACAUAUUCCGCGCAAAAUAAUGUCGUUUAUAUUGUAACAACUAUCAUUGGAUUACUCGGUGGUCUGACAAAAGUGUUGCAGGUUAUUAUUCCAUCAAUAGUGAAAUUUGUGAGGGAAAAAAAGCGACCUAUAGAAGAAGUUGCAGAUAAUAACUUCGGGAAAGUUUACCAGAAGGUCAAGCAAUAUGUGAAAACGUUUAAUAUAAUAAAAUCAUAUCCACCUCCAACCGACCCUCACGGCAUACGAAAUCAGUUAAUAUCAACUCGUCUGUUUGUGGUUUGUCUAUUAGCAUUAUUAUUUGUACUCACCGUUUACACGGCGUUGAUUGAUGUUACAGUAACGCAAACGGUUGCUUUACCAUCAUUGGAGCAAUAUGAGAAACUGUACGAAAACUAUCCCUUAGCACUCUCAUGUCAAUGUAAGACAAUAUCAGUUGACUAUAGCGAAAUUAUGAGCUUCGAUCCAACAUUUCAUCAGUAUUGCACCAGCGAUUUCGUGUCAGAAAACUGGAUAAAUUAUUCGAAUAGUCAUGGUCACGUGUUAUUUAACACCUACGAUUACCGAUGGACGGGUCCAGUGUUCUUUCAGUUCUUGAGAGGUCUAUGUCAACUAUCACAUGUGAUGAUUAACGAUGAUCUUGCUGUUUUUAAUUCAAGUCAAUACAUUACAGCUACUGUUCAACUAAAGCAUUUAUUUAACGAUCAAACACAGUCACUUAUUGAUAAUUUCAUUUUAACUACCACACAGACCUUUUUACAAUCUAUGAAUAUAGUUAAAUAUAUAAAUGAUGCUAAUUUGCUCGUUUCUGGCCUCGGCACAAAUUUUUAUUUAGGUUUCUCGCCAAGAGGAAAAGUAUUCUGGAAUUCAACCCAGUUUUAUUCGGACUUUCCUGGUAACAACUGUUCCUGUUUUUAUUCAAAUGACUGUUUAAUGCCGUCGGCUGUCUACAACGGUUCGGUUUAUAAUUUAACUGAAGUUUUUGUUAUGCCUGGUAUUGAACUUGGAUGUCUAAUCAGCUCUUCGACGAUUCAAUCAAAUUUGGAAUGUUUUUAUAAUCAGUCAUGUAUUGAUAUAUCAAAAACAUUUAUGCAAUCUAUCUAUUCUUUGAAUGUUACAGCAAUGAAUUCGUCCGCAUCUAGUCGGUAUCAUCCAAAUUCGACUCUAAACGAGAUCCUUGCUCUCCUGAUGGUAGAAGAUUGGAACUCAAAUGCCUCUUUCCCAUCUUACUAUAAACAGUGUGCUCCUCAAGAAUGUACAUACACAUAUUCCGCGCAAAAUAGUGUCGUUUAUAUUGCAACAACUAUCAUUGGAUUACUCGGUGGUCUGACAAAAGUGUUGCAGGUUAUUAUUCCAUCAAUAGUGAAAUUUGUGAGGGAAAAAAAGCGACCUAUAGAAGAAGUUGCAGCGUAUCAAAUUGAAAACUUUAUUGGCGGCGACGGCGAAAAACUAAAAAAACGUUUUCCGCCUUUGUCGGCGACGGCGUGA